GCCGUUGCCGUGGUAACGACGCCGCCCGCCAGGGGGCGCCGUGGCGCGGCGGAAGAGCAAUGGCGGACUACGAGGCGGUGCAGCGAGGGCCGCUGCGGCUGAAGGGCAGCGGAGCGGGGCUGGGGGCCGGCAAGCGGAAGAAGAAGAAGGCAAAGGACAAGGCCCAGAUCCUGGAGCAGAUCGUGAGCAGCAAGAAGCAGGAGGAGGAGAAGAAGCGCGGCCUGGACAAGCGCACCCCGGCGCAGGUGGCCUACGAGAAGAUGCAGGAGAAGCGGCAAAUGGAGAGGAUCCUGAAGAAAGCAUCCAAAACCCAUAAGCAGAGAGUGGAGGACUUCAACAGGCACUUGGAUACUCUGACUGAGCACUACGACAUUCCCAAAGUCAGCUGGACAAAGUGAACGGGCUGCUUUUCAAGGCUUUGGACCAGGGGGUGUGUUUUGUUGGUGUUAAGCAGGGUUGCCAUGUGAAUGUGUGUAAUUUCCACACUGACUGGUUUAUCUGUCUCCUGAAUUUUGAUGGAUUUCUACUUUUAUUUGCUUUGUUUGGGUUUUGAAUCCGAAUGUUUAACAAAGUCCCUCUUUUCUGACGAGCACUGAUUUAUGAAGGUGCAGAGGGUUUGGGGGUUUUUAGUGCUUACAACAACAUUAAGGCCACAAUCGAUUGCUGUUAGCCAGCUGCAAAGGGUUCCUUUAUUUAUUUGAUAUAGUUCUUUUGAGACAUCCGGAGCCUGGCAGCCUCUUAUAGCGUAAGUUUCUCUUGCAAGAGAGAGGAAUUGUAUAGUUUCUUUCCAUCUAGAAGCAGAGGGUCUGCUGUAAUGUGUAACAUCAAUGUCACUAUUAAAGUGCCGCUUUCAUCCUUUUA